UGUCGUUUAAACUGUGAAUGAAAAACAUUUUAUCCAUCAAAGAAGAAAUGAGGAUUUUCCCCUUCACCUUUGAUGUGAAACGGUGAGGGCACGGAACGAAAACAAAACGCCACCGGCAAUUUCCAACGGUUAAACAUUUGAUUUAUUAGCCUAAUUAAAAACUAACACCUUUUAACCUGAAAGACCCGAGUCACCGGACAGAACCGGAGGAGGAAAAGCUUACGGUACCGGGCUGAUAGGCUACUGGGAACGCUGGGAGUGAUCACCGUGAUUUAAAUAAAUCACAGACGGUGAAAUCAACAGGAGACCGACUGAACGACGCAGUUUUGUAACGGAAUUCUGACCCGUGAGGCUGAACAAUUAUCGGUUUUUAAUUUUAAAAACCUGCAGGAGAAGCCAGAACCGGCUGUAAACAUGGAGCUGCGUGGCGUGCUCCUCCUCACCGUGCUGCAGUGCUGUUCGGUUGCUCGCGGUGGUUGCGAGCCCCGGCUGGUAAACAUCGGUGCAGUGCUGAGUCAUAAACGCUACGAGCAGGUGUUCAAGGAGGCGGUGAGCCAGGCCAACACUCUGUAUGGUAAAGAGAAGUUCAAGAUGAACGCCAUCUCCGUCACACACAAACCCAACGCCAUCCAGAUGGCUCUGUCCGUCUGCGAGGACCUCAUCUCCAACCAGGUGUAUGCGAUCCUGGUCAGUCACCCCUCUCAGUCCAAUGACCACCUCACCCCGACACCCGUCUCCUACACCGCUGGUUUCUACCGAAUCCCAGUGGUCGGCCUGACGACACGCAUGUCCAUCUACUCUGACAAGAGCAUCCACUUGUCGUUCCUGAGGACAGUGCCUCCGUACUCCCACCAGGCUCAUGUCUGGUUCGACCUUAUGAGAGAGUUCAGGUGGAACCACAUCAUCCUCAUCGUCAGUGACGACCACGAAGGACGAGCCGCUCAGAAGAGACUGGAGACGCUGCUGGAGGAGCGAGAGACCAAGGCAGAGAAGGUGCUGCUCUUCAGCCCAGACACCAACCUGACGGCUCUGCUGCUGGAGGCCAAAGACCUGGAGGCCCGAGUCAUCAUCCUCUCUGCCAGUGAGGACGAAGCUGCAGCAGUGUAUAAAGCAGCCCGUCAGCUCAACAUGACCGGCUCUGGUUACGUCUGGCUGGUCGGAGAGAGAGAGAUGACCGGCAAAGCUCUGAAUGAAGCUCCAGAUGGCCUGCUGGGCCUCCAGCUGAUUAACGGUAAAAACGAGUCGGCUCACAUCGCAGACGCUGUGGCAGUGGUGGCUCAGUCUCUGCAGGAGCUGUUUGAGAAGGAGAACAUCACGGAGCCUCCGCGGGGCUGCGUGGGAAACACCAACAUCUGGAGGACAGGACCACUCUUUAAACGAGUGCUGAUGUCCUCCAAGUACCCUGACGGUCUGACUGGACGGAUCGAGUUUAACGACGACGGCGACCGACGCUUCGCAACCUACAGCAUCCUGAACUGGCAACAGAAGCCAAGUCGCCUCGUCCAGGUCGGAGUCUUCAACGGCUCACAGGUUGUGAUGAACCCUCAGAGGAAGAUCAUCUGGCCUGGAGGAGAGACAGAGAAACCAGUUGGAUACCAGAUGUCGACUAAACUGAAGAUUGUAACGAUCCAUCAGGAGCCAUUUGUUUACGUGAAGCCAACAAAGACUGAUGGGACGUGUAAAGAGGAGUACACUGUAAACGGAGUCUUAAUCAAGAAGGUGAUCUGUACCGGACCCAAUGGGACCACACCAGGUCAGCCCAUCGUCCCUCAGUGUUGCUAUGGUUUCUGCAUUGACCUGCUCAUCAAGCUGGCAAUGAGCAUGAACUUCACCUACGAAGUUCACCUGGUUGCUGAUGGGAAAUUUGGCACGCAGGAGCGCGUGAACAACAGUAACAAGAAGGAGUGGAACGGGAUGAUGGGGGAGCUGUUGGGAGGUCUGGCCGACAUGAUCGUUGCACCCCUCACCAUCAACAACGAGCGUGCUCAGUACAUUGAGUUCUCCAAACCCUUUAAAUACCAGGGGCUUACCAUCCUCGUCAAGAAGGAAAUCCCUCGCAGCACUCUGGAUUCAUUCAUGCAGCCGUUCCAGAGCACACUGUGGCUGUUAGUCGGUCUGUCGGUCCAUGUGGUGGCAGUGAUGCUUUACCUAUUAGACCGGUUCAGCCCGUUUGGAAGGUUUAAAGUAAACAGUGAAGAAGAAGAAGAAGACGCCCUCACCCUGUCCUCUGCCAUGUGGUUCUCAUGGGGAGUACUGUUGAACUCUGGGAUAGGAGAAGGAGCUCCCAGGAGUUUCUCAGCGAGGAUUCUGGGUAUGGUGUGGGCAGGUUUCGCUAUGAUCAUUGUAGCAUCAUAUACUGCCAACCUGGCAGCCUUCCUUGUGUUGGACCGGCCUGAGGAGCGCAUCACUGGCAUCAAUGACCCCAGGCUGCGUAACCCAUCAGAUAAGUUCAUCUACGCCACAGUGAAGCAGAGUUCGGUGGAUAUCUACUUCAGACGGCAGGUGGAGCUGAGCACCAUGUACCGGCACAUGGAGAAACACAACUAUGAGAGCGCUGCUGAGGCCAUCCAAGCCGUCAGAGACAAUUUGCUUCAUGCCUUCAUCUGGGACAGCGCUGUGUUGGAGUUCGAGGCAUCACAGAAGUGUGAUCUGGUGACGACAGGAGAGCUUUUCUUUCGCUCUGGAUUUGGGAUUGGAAUGAGAAAAGACAGUCCGUGGAAACAGAAUGUUUCUUUGGCUAUUCUCAGCUCUCAUGAGAAUGGCUUCAUGGAGGACCUGGACAAGACGUGGGUUCGAUACCAGGAGUGUGACUCCAGGAGCAACGCCCCCGCUACCCUUACGUUCGAGAACAUGGCAGGUGUGUUCAUGCUGGUUGGGGGCAUCGUGGCCGGGAUCUUCCUCAUCUUCAUCGAGAUUGCUUACAAACGACACAAAGACGCUAGAAGGAAACAGAUGCAACUUGCCUUUGCUGCUGUGAACGUCUGGAGGAAAAACCUGCAGCCGUACCCGACUGACAUCACCGGCCAGCUCAACCUAUCUGAUCCCUCCGUCAGCACCGUGGUCUAAGAGGGAAAGAGAGCUACACUGCUGCUGCUGAGCCACACACACACACACACACACACACACACACACACAC